UUUUAAUACAACGUAUAAAAAUAUUUGUUUUAAAAUCGCAUGCAAUUCGUUUUAGUUGUCUGAUCGCGAAUAAGACACUUGCGGCCAGUGUAAAGGUUUUACAGUAACUGACGACUGACGACUGUAUACAUGGUAAUAGUUCGCGUGUGGUGUAUACGCGUCAAUAAUAAUAAUAGUAACAAAAAUAAUAUGAAUUAAAAUAUUUGAAUAGCAAAUUCAAUGUCGAGCAGUUAUUCCUCGUUAUCAGAUAACCUAACCGCCGCCGCCCCCGCCGCUGUCGCGUCGUUGUUGACCAUACAGAUGUGUGGUAUGAUAUCGCCACCAGUGUCAUUGUUAACACAUCUUGCACGACGCGCAUAUUUCGUGUGUAAUUUAUAUGUAUAUAUAUAUAACAUAUACUCCUCGUAUAAUAUAGCCCGAAACAUAGCGCUGGUUUUUCUUAGCGGUCGAUUAGUUAUUGAAUCGAAAUGCCAACGGUCCCGACGUAUACAGAUCAGACGGCCUACAGAGUUUAAACACGUUCGACGUUCUUGCGUAUAUUCAUAGUCUUGUCUACAUUUUAUUAUUAUUAUUUUAAAACGUUGUUUGUAUUACAUUCUCGAAAAUGUUUAACUGUACGACCUGUGGAAAAGUGUACGCUCAUAAGUGUGGUUUGAACAGACAUGUCAAAACUCACGAUGGAUCGGUGAUUUCAUGUGGAAUAUGCCUCAAGAUAUUCACCCGCCGAGACAAACUCAGCAUCCACGUACAAAAUUGUCAUAAGAUCGUUAAAAACACUCCCGAAUUUCACAGCGCUGUACGAGUAGGUGGUUCAAUGGGUCGCGCAUCAGUCAUAAACUGGGCACCCCCCGCUACUACCCCGUACGUUCCACCAGAUGUUUCGACUCCGACGGACAUCUCGACUAGCCGCCGCUGUGCGGACACAUCUAUUCCCCCGCCUCAAGCCUCAUCUUCAUCGUCCUCCCGCACACCGGUUAUCGUUUCCCCACCACCCGCACAGGCUAUUAUCGGCGGAAUAAUCGCAAGAUCCCCCGCGACCACCGCACUACCACUUUCACUUUCACCACCGUCCGUCGAGGAAGGCGAGUCUCAUACGGAAAAUACAAGUAAAAACAUCAAACGUAAAAAGGCGCGUAUGCAAAAGGUUAAUACGCCGGGCUUUAUCGAGAUCGAGUCAUCGCAUAAACGGGCGAUCGUAUGGUAUUUUAGGAAGAACGUUGAUAACGUAGCCAGUUAUCGUGCGUUCCUCAAUUCGAUAGAGUCCGAAUUAAUCGCAAAAUUACGCGAGUGCGUGCGUAUUAACCCUAUUAAAUAUAACCUGAAAUUAGAGGCCACAUACGUCGUACCAAAUUUACCCAAUUCAGCUCAAAAUCGCGCGUUUAAAACUUCGGCCCGUGAAUUAUACGGGCACAGUAAUGUCGAACAUUUGGUCGAUCGCGAUUUCGCAGCGCUCCAGGCCGAAGAGGAUUGUUACGCCGGAAAGUAUAGUGGAUUUUCCUUAUCGUGUAUCGACGGACUGCUCUUGGGUGUGUACGAGUACACGCCUAUGGGGGGAUCGUCGUACUUACCGUUGCCGGAAAGUAUUUUGAAUAGGAAGGGCGUUGUCAACCCACAAAAUAUUGACCAGCAAUGUUUCAAGUGGGCGAUCCUCGCCAAACAUGUAUUUAACGAUCGCACAAGAGUAGGUACGAAUUAUUCGAGGGAAGAACACCGAUACGACUUUUCUGCACUAUCAACCCCCACUCCGGUGUCCGAGAUAAAGGUAUUUGAAAAGUCGAAUCCCGGGACGUCCGUUAAUGUAUACGGCGUAAGAAAAUGCGUAAAAAAUAAAAAUAAUAAAAAGUCGUCCACACAAUCUGUCGCGUACCCUCUGCGAAUCGUGGAUGAAGAAAAGGAGAAUCAUUUUGACCUGCUACUGAUUACCGGGAAGGAUAAUAAGAAUCAUUACGCGAUCAUUUAUAAUUUUUCACGCCUAGCCAGUUCGCAAAAAAAUAAUCACCAACAUCGAUUAUUUUACUGCAAACGGUGCUUUGCCAGUUUUGAGGACCGCCCAUUAAAAUAUAAAUUACACGGAGAGAGGGCACUGGCCAACCACCGUUUACUGUGCGGCUCACACAAACCGGUUGUUCCUCUUAUGCCGAAAGAAGGAGACACGCUCAAAUUCAAGGCGUGGUGUAAGACGGGUCGCCGUUUGUGGUAUACGCUGACUUUGAAGCCCUACUACUGA